AUGGAUGAACGGCCACCAAUAUCCAACUUAUCGUAUGCCUUGAAAAGCGUUCACAUCUCUAGAAAUGGCAGCAAUAACUCAUCACAGGUUUCAAGUAACAGCAAUAACUCUAGUAGAGCUAUCCCCAUAGCUGGAGUAAAUAGCAUGGGUAACAAUAAUCCCAAUAUCACUGGCAACAACAAUAAUAAUAUCAACAAUAAUAAUCUAAAUAAUAAUAAUAGUAAUAACAAUAAUGGAAUGGUUGACCUUGAAUUUCAGAAUCGGAUUAUGGCAGAGGCUGGAAAUAGCUCGCGUAUAUCAAACUUUUUCCAAAACCAACCAAGCUCAGGCAUCACUUUAUUUUCCCAUAGGUCCGCCCCAAAUGGAUUCAAAGUUGCCAUCAUACUAUCUGAAUUGAACUUCAAAUAUCAAACUAUUUUCCUUGAUUUCAAUAGUGGUGAGCAAAGAGCUCCAGAAUUUGUCUCCAUUAAUCCUAAUGCAAGAGUUCCAGCGAUUAUUGAUCAUGAUAAUAAUGACUUAGCGAUCUGGGAAUCAGGUGCGAUUAUCUUAUAUCUUGUUGAGAAAUACAUUGACACAAACUACAAUGGAAGAAAUACUUGCACUUUAUACUCUCCCAACUUGGGCGAAAAAUCACAAAUAUUAUCAUGGUUAUUUUUCCAAACUUCCGGUCAUGCUCCGAUGAUCGGUCAAGCCUUACAUUUUAGAUAUUUCCACUCUCAGUUUGUUCCUAGUGCGGUUGAGAGAUAUACCGACGAAGUUAGAAGAGUUUACGGAGUUAUAGAAAUGGCUUUGGCCGAAAGAAGAGAAUCUUUGAUUAUGGAAUUGGAUUCAGACAAUGCCGCUGCCUAUUCCUCGGGUGUGACUCCUUUGUCUCAAUCGAAAUUUUUUGACUAUCCAGUAUGGCUUGUUGGAGAUCAUGUUACCGUUGCUGAUUUGUCCUUCGUACCCUGGAAUAAUGUCGUUGAUAGAAUCGGUAUUAACAUUAAAGAAGAAUUCCCCGAAGUUUACAAAUGGACUAAACACAUGAUGAGAAGACCAAGCGUUAUUAGGGCUUUGCGCGGAGAAUGA